AUGGCCGGAGCAGACGUAAACUACGUUGACCCAUCGGCUUCAGUGUCAGCAAUGCAGGAGGCCGUUGCGGCUGGCAACGCUCAUCUGAUCAACUUGUUCAUCAACCAACUGGGGUGCUUGUUUCAUCCAGAGAACACGCUACAGAACUUUUCGAUCUCCGCCGCUUACCAGUUGCUACCCAAGCAUAGGUCAUUGGAUAUCGUGCUGCCGCUACUUCUUCCUUUGGAUGGCAUGAAAACAGCUACAACCGCCCUCGUUGAAGGUGCGCGUAACGGACAUGAGAAGUGUGUCCGAUAUCUCCUCGCACAAAACUGGAGGAAACCCGAAGAGCGGACCGCAGCUAUAGACAAAGCCAUGGUUGCAGCUGCUGGUGCAGGUGAGAAACCCAUUUUUCACAUCUUUCGGAAUUUUCGAGUAGUUGCUCCCUUUUUGAGUCUCCACUCGUACUGCAAUGCGAUGGAAAAGCUCGGUAUGGGCACCUUUCAUGUUAUACGCACGGGCGACGGGGCCUACACUUGUCCUGCACGGGAUGUCUUUCUCUUGUCCACGAUCUGA